AUUUUCUAUCCGUUUUCCUGUUUCCAGUCAGGUAGCAAUCUAUUGAACAGUCUGACAUGUGUCUGUGUGCUAGUGUACAGAAGCAACUUGUGACUACUGUCUUAACAAUAACGAACAGCGACUGCAACCUCAUAUAUAAACCUUGGCGAUUGUUGCAACACUCUCAGUACGACUCUAGUCGCUUUGCCGCUUGGAGCAGGCGCGUUUCACGACGCCGGCCACACGGAGAGGGCGAGAGAGGCCUAACUCGACACCGCUGACUGACGAGCCAACUACACCGACAGACAUGUGGACCGAGUGAAUGCAGUGUUCUGUGACGUAAUAUUAGUGAGCACCUAUUACAGAAUAAAACAAUAAAAACGUGGUGGUGGUGGUGGAAACGUAAACAAUGGAUACCAAAACUACGAUCUCAACAAAUGAGUGGCAUAUACCGCGACCAUCCUUAUCUGGUAGCAGUGCAACUGGGAGUAGUAUAAGCGACUCACGAUCCCGCGGAGGUUCUGCAUCCAGCCAAGGCUCGUCAAGCAAUCACAGUACACAUAGCGUAUCAUCCGGCUCGUUCCUGCUAAACGCUGCAUAUUUAGCGCGGAUGCAAGGGAAUUCUAUUCAAGAAGAAUAUGGAUGCUAUAAUUCAAAGCUAAAUAACUAUAUAUGCAAAACGGAUCGCUCCCCAGCCGUCGUAACUAUUCCAGAAGAACGAGACCAGGCGGAUUCGUUUUGGACAGGCGUUAAGAGGGGAUCGGCGAAUGGACAGGAUGCUACAUCGGUAGCGAGUUCUACGCACUUUACAGUGGUGAAUGGAUUCACAAAGCAACGACCCGGCAAAGAGCCAAAGUCUUGCUGCUGUGAUCACUCCCACCAAAUAACCGUUCUUGUGAUAUCCAUGACGAUUUUAUUCUCUGCGUGCAUUCUAGCGGCCAUAUGCUUUGUUGAAAUGCGAAUGCGUAAGGAGACCGGAAUCUACAAAUAUUCUUAAUUCAAAGAAUAUUGGAAAAUAAACAAGCACUAAAAGUAUUAAUUAAUUAUAUUCAUUAAAAUAUUAUAAAGUGCGUUGAAAACAUAUUAUCAUUGUAGUAGUAAUAUAGUAAAUAUACUUUAAUGAAUGUGUGUGUGGUACCCAUUUACGAUUAAACUAGAUCAAUUUUUAUUUGUAAAUUACUAUUAUCUAGUUUUCCAAACAUUAUAUUAAAUAAAUAUCAGACCAUUCAUCAUGUGAAAAAUACAAACUAAAAAAUUAUUAUUAAAAUAAAUCUGUAUUUUUUUCCGAUAAUGUUUAAAAACUACAUCUAAUUAUUUUCUAUUAAAUUGAUGUCACUAUGCCUACUUAUUUAAUUUAAAAAAAAAAGUUUUACGUAGGUAGUGUAUUUGUGUCGUGCUAUUAAAAUAAAUAAUCCGCGCACAAUUUUUUUUCUAUAAUGGGCGAAUUAGUGCAAUAAACCCAAUUUAAUCUAUUAUUGUGAAAAAAAACAAUAAGUAGGUAUUUUACAAUUAUAUAAAUGUGUUUAGUUAAGUAUUUAAAUAUUUAUUUAUUGUAUUUUUUGUGUUUGCAAUUAAAUUGUAGCGCAUCUUCUAUAUGUAAAUUAUAAAAUUAGCUAUGUAGAAAUUUAGUUCGGUAUUAAAUAUACAACUUCAAAUUGCAUAUUUAAUCCCGAAGUGAUACCUUGUAUUCAUCUGAAUAAGUAUCAUCAUUAUAUCAGCCAUUAACUGUCCACUGCUUUAUAAGAAGCAGUCCCGUGCCACCUGCAUCAAUCGACCCUAUGUAAUGUACUUAAGGUCGGCGCUCCACCUAGUGGGUCGUCCUAUACUGCCUUUUACAGCUGCCUGUACAGGCUCUCCACUUAAGUGCCUUUCUUUCCUAUCGUUGUCCGUUUUUCGAACCACAUGACCAACCUAUCGCUGAUUUAGUUCGUUUAUCCUUUAGAUUGUCGGUCACUUUAACUCUGCUAUGAGUAUCCUCAUAUCAAAUUCUAUCACUGAAUAUGUAUAAUAUAUGAAAAAUAUUAAAAUAAUAUCCAAAAUAUACCAUCUAUGUUCACGCCAAGCCCUUUAUGUGGUAAACAAAAAGAAAUGAGUAUCAAUGGUCUCUUAACUCUUGACUACAUUUUUAGUAUGUGCAUAGUCUGUCUGAUUUAUGACCGGUUAGUUUAAUUCUCCGCUAUACCUUUCGCAUUGUAAAUCUGUUUCGUCACUCUUUCAAAUGGAAUUCUUUUCAUAUACCAGAAUUAAUAUAACAUUUCUUUUUACUUUUAUACUAAACAUUUUCAAACCGAUUUAAAAUUAAACCCAUCUUACGAUUUUUAUCGCAGUACUUAUAAUCUUCUUCUUUUUACGAAUAUAAUAAAAUUAGCAAAAAAUAUGAAGGUAUCAUAAAUAAGAGGAAACAUGAGAAAUUGAUCAUGUGUCAUGUGUAUCUUACAUGAUAUUAAAUCCGUUGUCUAAGACUUUUAUAUAGAUAAUUAGUACUUGGCGAAUUUAAGUCUUAAACUAAUCUAUUAUGUCUACAUUAAAAUAGACAAAAUAGUCAAUAUUUUAAUGUAGGUCACCUUCUAAAAUUCCCAAUAAUUUGAAACUAUUUAGUAUGUAAGUAGUAAAACAAAUAUUCCAAUGUUGAAUACCUUUGGAUAAAAUGUAAUUAAACAUAUUAUAGUCUAUAAUUGUAUAUCCAAAAGAAAUAUAAAAUAAUAUUAAUUAAUUAUUAUUGGUAAUAAAAUUUUAAAUUGGUGAAAAAGAUUGCACAUUUUUGUCUAUAACAUGAAAAUUUGCAAUUUUCACAAUAAAUAAAUAUUAAAUGAUCCAUUACUAGCAACCCAAUUAAACAUAGUGUGGUACAGCAAUGCUGGCAGCAUUGUUAUACUUACACCCUAAUGGAUCAUGCAUAGAGAAUAUGUCAUAGAUUAAGAUUAUUUAUAUUUUAAUUACAGUGAAUGGAAUUGAAUGAUUCUAGUAAUGUGUAACAAAGUAUGUUUGUUAAGAAAGAACUGUGAUAAAUUAUAUAAAUAAAGUACAUGUAACACUUA